AUGGAACGCCUAGAGUUCGUACGGCAAGCUUCGAUUGGAAAGGCGAAGACACUUGUACGCCUUGCGCUUGCGUACAUAUCAUUACCGAAAAAGCUUCCAUUCGAAUAUGCAUUCGUCAAGUUCCAAUAUCCAGCUGGCUGGUACAUGGAAUGGCUGGAGCGAUUUCUUCCUUACACGGAAUGGGAUAUUUUGUGUUGGCAUGGCGAGUGCCAUUUCUAUAACUGGCAGGACUCCUUCUUCCCCCGAACCCUGAUGAAAGCCAACAUGCAGGCUCAAACUGCCAAAGCAUUCUACCAGAGUCUCUGGAUGAGGAACGAGCUGGUCAUCCGUACAGUGGCGCUUCCGCUGCUGGCUCUGGUCGCAUUUAUAGUACUGGUUUGGGCCCUGGUCUGCGUAUUAGAGCUGGUCACCUGUUUGAUUCGACUGCUGGACCAGGGCUUGAGCAUGCUCAUUCGGAAACUUGCUGCACCCGUUCUCGCUGCCGUCCAGGGUUCGAUCGCAGGCUUCUUUGCUACCAUCAAGUUCAUGGUCAUGGUAUUCAAGAUUUUGCUCGUCUACCCAUUCUUUGCUGCAAGUGGUAUCGUUUAUCUGGUGUACGUAUCAUACGUUAGUCUGGACAUUCUCUUGCAAGGAUGCAAAGCUCUUCGGGACCUGAUGACCAACUUUGUCAUGCUUACUACUCAAACUUUUCUGGAAACCUUGGAGGAGAUCAGAAGCAAGCUCGAGAGUGGUACUGCCGAGGACGUGCUCGACAAUGGCGUUGACCCCACGUCCGAAACGCACCCAGAGCCAACAACCACCCCAACUAUAAUUACAAUUACAACUAAUCAGAGAUCCGCUGCGACUGCUACGGCCUCUAAGCUCGAGGCUGAUACCAUCCAUAUAACAGCAGGCAAGAACUACAGCUCGGGGCAAGGAGGGCGCAGAAGGUUUUCAGUAAGGUCUCCAGGAGUUUCGAAUAAUCUCGGAGCUACCUCUGGAGAAGAUCUCCAUGCAACACCUUUCCAUAAUCCUCGUUUUGCAGAGAGGGAGUCUCCUAUUCGGACUGAGGCCCCUAACAACAGGAAGCCGCAUACAACAGAAACGUCCGCUCAGGUCCCGACGGAACACAAGAUCCCAGAAGCCUCGGUCAAGUCCACUGAAGAUAAGCCAUGUCCGGAAUCUGUGUCUGACUUUGGCACAACAGCUGCCUAUCCUCGUGACUCCUAUAAACAGAAUACGGAGAAAGUAAGCAGGAGACCCGUAACAAAGGAAACUGAGAGCAAGUCCGAGUGCGAUAAGCUGGCCACGAGCUCGACGGCUACACCGAGAGAUCGUACUAGAGAAGAUAGAACUGCCCCUGCAAGCAGGCCGAAAGUGAAUCCAGAUGCCCGUCCAAGAGGGCACAGAAAAGCUCGUCCAGAGUCUAUGGCUGACCUAGGAGAUGGUGCUGACAUCUUCCGGAAAUACAGCGAAGCGCAGAAAAGUAAGAAGUCACCACCACGAGGGCCCAAGUGCUCAAGCCGGUCUGGUUUCCCAGAUGACAAAGCUGGGAAGCCACCUCAGCCUGAAGUCAAACCUCAAGAAAACACUAGGUCAGCAUAUGAGAAGCAGGAAAGCAAAGGGAAAGGCGCAGCAUUCUCAGACUUCAUGAAGAAUAUGAUCGACGAGGCUAAUUCGUACCGACAACAGACUUUCGCUCAGCCCCAAGCCAAACGUGAAGAUACGCGGUCAGCAUAUGAGGAGCCACAAAGCACGAACAGGGAAACAUGGUUCGAGAGUAUUGUGGACAGUAUUAUCAAUGACGACAAGUCCACCCAACGCCAGGCGCCGCCUCAGGCCCAACCGAGAGAGCAGCCAAAGCCAAAGUCAGACUACGUGAGGCAAGGCUACCAGGCCUACAAUCCCUCGAACAGCGGACCUCAACCGCGGACCCAGUCUCAGCACCGGGAGUCCUAUCGCAAGCCGCACGUUGAGGAGAGACCACCACCACAACAAUAUCAACCCUACAGUCCGCCGCGGCGCGACCACACCCGCAGAUCCGACACAAGGCCCAAGGCUACAUCCUACCGUCUAAGCCAGACCUACGCAGAGCGUGAAGCCGAAAGCCGCUACUACAGUCCCGACGGUUUCAAGCGCGAGCCCGGCUGGAGCAGCAGCGGCGGCGCCUAUAGCUUCGGCGGCAGCAGGAGCACCAAUACCGGCGGCAGCAGGAGCACCAAUACGGGCGCCUACAGCAACCACAAUAACGAGCGAUCUGCCAGCUUCGACUUCAACUUCGGCAACGACGCCAACUUCAACUUUCAAUUCGGCGGUGGCGGCGGCGGCAGCAGCAGCAACAGCAACGCGCAUUACGCGGGCAGCCACCACCGCCGCCCGCCCACCCCCGUCGAAGAAGAAGAAUAUGACACCACCCCACCACGCUUCGACUACUCCCGCCACCACCACUUCCCCUCCGCCCCUCCCCCUGCUCCUGAACCCCCCGUCUUCAACCCCUACCAAGUCCUCAACCUCGCACGCACCGCCAAUUUCAGCCAGAUCAAGAAGGCGUACCACAAGCUCUCGCUGCAGCACCACCCGGACAAGAACAAGGGUAAGUUCCGCUCCGAGGCGCAGCGGGCGGCGGGCGAGGAAAAAAUGAAGGCCGUGAACCGCGCGAAGGCGCUGCUGGAGGAUCCCGUCAGGAGGUGGGUGUACCAUCACAGGGGGCUGCAAGAUGCGGAGCAUGAUCCACUGGUGGAUGCUGUGAGGAGGGAUGAGAGGUUUCAGGCCGGCGAGGCGGUUAUGGAUGGGUGGUUCGUGGCGGGGAUCUGGUGA